CGCGCCGUCUUCCUGGGUCCGAGUCCUUUUCUUUUAUCUGCGAUCUCUGCGACCCGUUCAAUCAAAAAAGAUACAGCAUCAUGCUUUUUUGACAUCUACAUCUCGUCGUUCUGUCCAACGAAUAGGACCACUAAAUCAUGUCUUCCUUGCUAUCGCUGCCUCUCCUCUUCCCGCUUGGGCUUUCAGCCUUUACGGUCCAUCUUCUAGUCUCCACUCUCGGCCCCAGACCAAAGUCUCAGCGUGAUGCCCUCCCAUCAUAUCUCGUCCCGUCAAUUGCAACGCACGGCCGGCUUUUACCUGCUUCAUCACGCAAUGCCUUUAGCUACCCUUGUCUCCAUCUUGCUGUCGAUAUCGACUCUCUUGCCAGUGGGUGUCUCGACUUGCCUUUCCGAGUCUUCAAAUAUGGUGGGAGCCCUUUUGGCAAAAUAUUGGGCUUGAGAGCAGAGAGAUACCUCACAAAGGGUAGUGAGACAUAUCGUGAAAAGCUCGAGAAAUUAUUGGGCAAGCAUGGCAUAGCAAAAGAAAGAAUGGGAAAGGUCUGGUUGACAACAAUGCCUAGUCUGCUCGGAUAUGAAGGGGAUAACCCUCUGACUACGUGGUACAUCUAUGAGAAUGUUACAGAGGGAAAGGAAGGAAAACUCUUGGCUAUUGUACUGGAAGUACACAGUGCCUUUGACGAAUCUCAUUCUUACACCCUCACACCAGACUCACCGUUGAGACAUGAGCCAGCCAAGGGUUACGACUUUGGCUUCACUAUUCCCCGAUCAUUCCACGUUUCCCCGUUCAACUCGCGAGAUGGUUAUUACCGAGUUGACAUCAUUAAUCCCUUCCCUGUUGGGCACACUAAAAUCCCAGGCUUUGUGCCCAGCUUCAAAAUCUUCUUGAGAGUGCUUUCGACCGACAAGAAGAUCAAAUUCAUGGCUAGCUCGAUCUCUGGACCGUCAGCGCCUCUUAGGCUUGAACGAGGGAUGAAAUCGGUUGCUGAUGUUUUGUGGGCGCUGACAAAAUGGCCGGGUACAUUGUUCCUAGUGAGGGCCAGGACCAAUUGGCAGGCUUACGUCCUCCAUUACCGAAAGAACCUUGCGCUUUACCCUAGACCCGAACCGAUCAACUCUUUCUCGGCUGGUCUGUUCAAUCAGACUGAGAAAGAUGAGCACGGGGUGGGUGUGCCUCUCCAGAGAGCCCCAAUAACGUCUACAGAAAAGAGGGCACAAGAGGUAGUCUGCAAGUGGGCGGCACGACGGGCUGAAGAAGUGAGAGUAAGGCUGGAAAUUGAAUUUGAGGAUGAUAGAGAUAAGGUGCAGUUAGGGCCCCAGGGAAAAGAAACGUUGAGUAUCAAAACGGCCGACUCGGACUUCUUCAACGACUUGUUGAUAACACCAUCGCCCCAGCAUUUCCUGAUUCUUGCUCACGAGCGAUAUACAGCCAUCUCCAAUCCAUCACUAUUCGAAGAAUUUUUCUCGGCGCCCAUUGCCUCACAAGCCGAUUGGGUUUCGAGCUGCACCAACGCCAUCCGCCGUCGAUACUUUGUCCACCUUUACUCGUAUUCCCACCUCCCUCCUCCUCCAUCUAUCCCUCCUAUAACAGGCGAAUUUUCCCACUUUAGCGACAGCACUUUCCUUUCUUUCCGGGACAGACUCAAGGUGCUGCGGGCGGUGUUCUGGACAUGGUAUGGACAUAAUGGGCUAGAAUGGAUAUUUGGGUUCCUGAGAGGGGCGUUUGUACCGGGCCAGGAGGGCUGGACGGUAUGGGACCGGGCGAUGAGACGCUCGUGGGGAGAGGACGUGGAUGCAGGAGAGGUGCUGGGAACUGUGCGGCUAUAGCUCUUAUAACAUUUUAAAUGAUGGAAUGUGACAGUAACGAAGAGACU